UCACAGGAACAAAAAAAAAAAAAAACCUUUUCCUCUACUAUGCAGGAGAAAAUCAUAAAACGUCAAGGUUGCCCGGCAAUGAGUUGACCCGGCAGUAGUCAGCCGUGUUAGAGCUUCGAACGACCCAUUACAUCCUCAUUCUCCCAAAAACUCAGCCAACUUCAUUCACGAACAAUCUCUGUCAGGUAAGAUUUUGCCCCCAUUUUUUGUUCUAGCAUUGGGGUUUAACCAACAUCUACAUUUGCAAAAACCCUAAAUUCCCCCCUUUCUCAAAAAUCAUGGCAAUUGUUUCACUCUCGCGCUUCAUUUCACUCUCAAUUCACCGAAAACCAACCAAAGUUUUCACUUUUCAAUUCAGCACAGCCUCUUAUGUAGACAAAUUCUGCACUCUUUUACAGAAAAAACAAAGCAACGUAGAGAAAACCCUAGCUUUAGUCAAUGCCAAACUGGACUCAAAUUGUGUGUGUCUAGUGUUAGAAAGAUGCUCCUUUGAUAUGUCUCAAAUGGGUCUGAGGUUUUUUAUAUGGGCAGGUCUUCAAUCAAAUUAUAGGCACAGUUCUUAUACGUAUAGCAAAGCUUGUGAAUUUUUGAAAAUUAAGCAAAACCCAUUUCUUGUUUUGGAUGUUAUUGAAGCAUACAAGGUGGAAGAGUGUUUGGUUAAUGUUAAAAUGUUUAAGGUUGUUUUGAAUUUGUGUAGAGAAGCUAGGAUUGCUGAUGAAGCUUUGUCAGUAUUGAGGAAAAUGCCUGAAUUUAAUUUACGUGCGGAUACAACUGCUUACAAUGUGGUUAUCAGAUUGUUUUGUGAGAAAGGGGAUAUGGAUAUGGCUGAUAAGUUGAUGAAAGAGAUUGGUUUGAUUGAUCUUUAUCCUGAUAUCAUAACGUAUUUGGCAAUGAUCAAGGGGUUCUGUAAUGCUGGUAGAUUGGAGGAUGCUUGCGGGUUGUUUCAGGCUAUGAGGGUGCAUGGGUGUUUUCCAAAUGCUGUGUUGUAUUCUGCGCUUCUUGAGGGUAUUUGUAGGUAUGGGAGUACGGAGAAGGCGUUGGAAUUUUUGGGGCAGAUGGAGAAAGAAGGUGGGAGUUGUACUGCAAAUGUUAUCACAUAUACAUCUGUGAUUAAAAGCUUUUGUGAGAAGGGUCAGACAAUGGAGGCAUUGAGAAUUUUGGAUAGAAUGGGAGCUCGUGGGUGUACUCCUAAUCGUGUAACAGUUAUUACUUUGAUAAAAGGGCUUUGUGCUGAGGGACAUGUUGACGAAGCUUAUAAGUUGAUUGAUAAAGUUGUUGCUGGAGGUGCUGUUUCAAACGGUGAUUGCUAUAGUUCUCUUGUGGUGUCUUUGAUUAGGAUUAAUAGACUUGAUGAGGCAGAGAAGCUCUUUAGGAAGAUGUUAGCAAGUGGGGCUAAACCUGAUAGCAUUGCAUGUAGUAUCAUGAUUAGGGAGAUCUGUAAUGAGGGGCGAGUGCUAGAUGGUUUUUUCUUAUAUGAUGAAAUUGAGCGGAUGCGAUACUUAUCUUCCAUUGACUCUGAUAUCUAUUCUAUUCUUUUGGUUGGCCUUUGUCAGCAAAACCAUUUGGUUGAAGCUGCCAAGCUUGCUAGGUUAAUGCUUGAAAAAAAAAUUCACUUGAAAGCUCCUUAUGUUGACAAAAUUGUUGAACAUCUGAAAAACUCUGGAGAUGAGGAGCUAGUUACUCAGCUCAGUAGAAUUGGAAAAUGACAUUCUCAAACAACUGUUUAUAUGCCUUGGCGGGCCUUCUUUUUAGUUAAAAGGGGCUGUUUGAUAAAUUGGUAAUCAAAGAGGAAUAAGAUUUUUAGCAUUUUGCUUUUCCUCUUACCAUACAUUGCUACAACCAAGGAUUCCUAUAAUCCUCAAUACAAGUAAGCAACUUGGAAGUGUAUGAUGGUCCUUUUAAUGGAAGUGCAGGAUUUUAUUCAGGAUGGUCCUGGUUUGAUAUUAAAUAUUAUCUUGCAUAAUUGCAAGCCUCUUCUUUUGAUCUUCAUAAGGGGUUAAAAUCUCAAUUUAUGCUAUUAAUCUUUCUCUUAUUGAUCAGCCUAACAGGUGUAUCCUGAAGGCCGAAGUGAUUUGUAAAAGGAUGCUACCUUGCUAAGUAAAGGCACAGUUGCAUGUCAGAUUGCAAGAGGACUUCAUAACGCCAUCUGGUAGAGAUCUUUGUUAGUCUAGCCUAAAUAACUUUUCCAUCUGGUGAUCUUUCGUGUGGUUUGCGAGCUUUAUUCCUCCUGGGGAGCAAAAAAGAGAAAACAAAUUCAGGGUUAUCAAAAUCUAUGAAAGUGGCCAUCAUGGCUAGUCCCUGGAAAGAGUGAACAUACUCCCCAAUUGAAUGUACUCGUUUGGAAUUUGCAAUGCAUCAAAAGCCUGGUGUUCUGUUUUCUUCUUGACAAAUCCUCGGAGAAUCCUUUUCUCAUUGUCUUUUUGUUGUACUCAGUAAGCAAAUUUGUUUUCAAGCUGCUAUCACUUUAGGUUCUUAGAGAUGCUGAAAUGUUCAAGUUUCUGUUGGCAGAGCUACUUUCCUCACAUGAAUGCAUAGUUCAUUAGUUCUUGUCAUUUAUUUCAACAGCAUAAUUUCCAUGUGCUUUUCUGAUCAGAUGGGCUGAAAUGAAUUUCUUUCAAUGAUGCUUGCUUUAAUUCCAUGCUCUUGUCAUUGUUUUCUCUUGGGUACGACCUGGAUACAUUAUUUAAGGUUGGGUUUUUGUUCCCCUUGGGUAUGCAAGUUAUAUCCUUUAAAUUUAAAUAAUAAUUUCUUAAAAAACAAAACAAAAAAAUUUGUAAAUAAAGAAGCUCUUGUAUCAGUUGUGUACAUACUUGUACAAGAAAUGUAAUAAUUUUUUUUUUUAAUUUUUUAUGGUCGUUAGUCAUUUUACC